AUUGAUGAGCGCAGUGAAGAGCUGCAAAAACUAAGAAAAAAGACGACAGUUACCGUACAAGUCCUCACACAUUUGAAAGAGAAGCUCCAGUUUGUCCAGAAAGAGACAGAGGUGACAAACCACCUGGUGACCAAUCCAAUUCUGAAGUAUGACCUUGAGCUCAGCAAAGAGAAGCUGGAGAUGACAAAGGACAAAAUUGAUGUUCUCAAGUCAAACUUCACCAAGAUUGCGAGCCCUCUGGAGAAGGCCCAAGUUAGCCCAAUGAUUAGCAAGAGAGGGAGCACUGUCAGCUCGAUGGCGUAACCAUUACCACCACAAACCUUUUUUUUUUUUUUUUUUUUUUUUUUUUUUUACCACCACAAACCCUCAUUCAGCUGAGUUUCUGUUUUGGCUUCAGGAUUAUUUAUGGACAUCUUCUGGCAUACUCCCAAACAAGGACUUUUUCUUCGACGUAUCUGACCGUGAAAGUGACCCGAUUUGGUCAAUGAAGUGCGAGCAUUAGUACACCCUGACUGUACUCAUGCUAGGACUUUUCUUGAUGUAUCAGACUGCCAUUACGGCCGCCCCAUGUGUGUAUCUGACCGCAAUUAGGUUUAGACCUGGGCCAAAAAGGUCCUUGUGGGAGUAUGCCCUCACCUAUGCCAUGUUGGUGGAAUCACUUGAGAGGCGAUCUUCUUCAUCGAUCUUCUUCAUCAGCAGGCGCUGAAUGUUGGGCAUUUUUCUUGAUUCUGGACUCAUUAGACCACCAGUACCUUUCUCAGCCAACACUGUGGUACCUUGGGGUGGGGUCACACUUGCUCUGAUUAAGAGAUUCUGGUCAUCGAUCUCCGUUAUCUACGGCUGCUAUUUUUCCUAAUCCGCACAAGUGGGACCGAAAUACAGGACGGUUCAUCAGACGAAUCAAUUUAACCUGCCAAA